AAAAUCUCUCUCUCUCUCUCCCUCCUCCCUCUCCCUUUCUUCAGCUCUUUUAAUUGUUCAUCUGCCUAUUUUAUAUAAAAAUAAUUAUUUAUAAUAAUUAUCUAGCUAAUUCUACUGUUUAGAGUUGAUAAUUACAAAAGUAAUGAUGGAAGGAGGUCCAAUAGUAGUUAACCUGGAAGGAGAAGAAGAGGUGCAGCUGGAUUUACCACCGGGCUUUCGGUUUCAUCCCACAGAUGAAGAGAUUAUAACUCAUUAUCUCACCCACAAGGUUGUCAAUCCCAGCUUCACAGCAACUGCUAUCGGACAAGUUGAUCUCAACAAGUGUGAACCAUGGGACUUACCAAAGAAAGCUAAGAUGGGGGAGAAAGAAUGGUACUUCUUCUGCCAGAGAGACCGGAAAUAUCCCACAGGGAUGAGAACCAACCGGGCCACGGAAACAGGAUACUGGAAAGCCACCGGAAAAGACAAGGAGAUUUAUCGAAAAGCGAAAGGCCAGAUGAGCAGCGGUGGGCUGGUGGGCAUGAAAAAGACUCUGGUGUUCUACAAAGGAAGAGCUCCCAAAGGAGAGAAAUCCAAUUGGGUGAUGCAUGAAUUUAGACUUGAUGGCCAAUUCUCUUACCACAAUUUCCCCAAUAAGUCAGUAGCCAAGGAUGAAUGGGUUGUGUGUAAGGUUUUCCACAAGAAUGCGACAAUGAUGAAUAAGAAAGAUUCGGUGACAGACUCUUUUGUCGUAGAAGGUGUUGAGGGCAGUCCAUCUCUGUCAUCACUCAUGGAUUCUCCGUAUAAUUCAUAUGUUUCGAAUGCAAAUUACAAUGCCAUCAAACACGAAGAGGGUUCGAAAGGGACAAUUUUUGCACCUUCUUUCCCUGCAGCCUCAGAUGGAAAAUUUGCAAACCAAAUGCAACAACAUAGCUACAUGACACCCAAUACAAAUCAUCAAUCUACUCAAAUUACUUAUUUUCAAAAUUACGAUCAAAUGGCGCCAAACUCCAUUUUAGCCUACACUCAAAAUGCAAAUGUUCCAUACCAGGGUUCUUCAAGCAUGGGUAACUACUUGCAACAACAAAGGUUCAGUUCAGUUGCCAGUAACGGACAGUGCAAAGUGGAGCCGUACUCGUCGAAUCUCAGCCGUUCACAGGACACCGGACUCAGCACUGACUUGACGGCGGAGAUAUCCUCCAGGCAAGAAGUGGAAAGAAGCAAACCAACUUAUAAUGCAGAUCAUGUUGAGCGUGCUUCAGCUGGGCAACUUGAAGAUUAUGAUUCUUUCUGGAACUUUCAAGUUUAAGAUCAUUUGUACACAAAAAUUAAUAUAUGUUUAAUUUAUUAUUUCUUUAGGUCAA